UGGAUAGUGCCCUAUUGUAGGAACGGCGCAUUUACUGGCCGUGAGAGUGUCAUCGAGUCGAUAAAAGGAGUUUGCAAAGGUGGGGCUCAUAACCGAGUCGCUCUCCAUGGGUUGGGGGGUUGUGGGUAU